AUGACACAUCAACUUGGCAUCUCGACGAUGUCCUUGGGCCGAGCUUGGCUUCACGAUUUAGAACCAAAGCUCGACCAAGCAGCAAAGUACGGCUAUUCUGGGGUCGAACUCUUCUACGAAGAUCUGGUAUACCACUCCAGAAAGCAUCAUGGAGGCGACACCGAGGAAAACCAAUUACGAGCUGCCGAAGACAUCCAUUCAAUGUGCAAAGCUCGCAACAUCAGCAUCAUCAACAUCCAACCAUUCAUGCAUUACGAUGGACUGGUUGACCGCCAAAAGCAUGCCGAACGGAUUGAAGAACUCAAGUUUUGGUUCAAACUUGCACAUGUGCUGCACACAGAUAUGAUCGCCAUUCCUGCGUCUUUCCUUCCUGAAUCGGAAUGUACUGGUGAUAUGUCAGUCGUUGUUGCCGACCUACAAGAAGCAGCCGAUUUGGGUGCAGCACAAAAUCCGCCCCUAAGGUUUGCGUACGAAGCGCUAUGCUGGAGCACACAUUGCUAUACCUGGGAGCAGAGCUGGGAAAUCGUGUCUGCAGUUGAUCGCCCUAACUUCGGACUUUGUCUCGACACUUUCAACAUUGCUGGUCGCAUCUACGCUGAUCCUGGACAACCAUCUGGCAAGCGACCGACUGCGGACACUGAUCUCGCUGCCGCUAUCGCUUCGAAGCUUGUUCGACCCGACAAGCUGUUCUUUGUUCAAGUCGUCGACGCUGAGAAACUAUCUUCACCUCUGGUCAAAGGUCAUCCUUUCUACGACCCAGAGCAAAAUGCUCGUAUGUCAUGGUCGCGCAACUGCAGACUGUUCUAUGGAGAGCAGGACCGCGGCGGGUAUCUACCCGUUCGUGAGAUCUUGAAAGCUAUCUUGCAUGAUCUGGGCUAUAGCGGAUGGCUAAGCUUUGAGUUGUUCAAUCGGUCCAUGGCCGAUCCCAGUCCCGAGACACCAGCUGAGCAUGCACGCCGUGGUGCUGAAUCUUGGGAGAAGAUGGUGGCUGAUCUCGAGCUCAAUGGUCAUGCUGCUGAUAGUGCUGUCAGUGUCAGCUCAUCGGUGGCCAAAGCAUAA